AUGAAGGAUGCACACUGGGUCAUCGAUAAAGGCGUUCAGAAGCUAAGAGAAACGAUUAACAACACUUACAGGCAAAAGGUCUUAAAUUGGUUAAGCCCAAUUGAUCAUGACAGCGAGCAAAGCGAUUCCUUCGCCCUGCGACAAGAAAAUACCGGCCAGUGGUUCUUGGAAUCUGAUGGGUUCCUGAAAAGGCUCAAUGGACAAAGUAAAACCCUACUAUGCCAGGGCAUUCCUGGAGCUGGCAAGACGGUAAUGACUGCUAUAAUUGUACACCACCUACACCAACAAUUUUCUAAAGCCGAUAAUAUCGGUAUCGCAUACGUAUAUGGCAGCGUCCUUCGUCAGAGUGAGCAGCAUCUCCAAGCUAUUCUCUCUUCCUUGCUCAAGCAACUUUCGCAGCCGCUUCCUGAGCUUCCCGAGUGCGUGACAGAAGUUUAUGAGCAAUUUUGGACGCACCAUAUUUAUCCUUCUCCUGAGAAACUCCUCCAAAUGCUAGGAACAUUGAUGACAUCUCGUGAAAAGACCUUUGUCAUAGUUGAUGCAUUAGACGAGAUGAAAGCUUCGGAUGGAACUUGCCGUCAACUGCUUAUUGCUCUUUUCAGGCUGCAGCAGAGCGUUCCCGUAAGCUUUAUCGCAACUUCCCGACAUGUGGCCGACAUUGCAAGCAUGUUUCGCAGGAACAGGAGCGACUUGAUUGAGAUCCGUGCACUGGACGACGAUGUACGCAGUUAUAUUGACGGACAGAUGAAUAAAGCACGGCCAUUUGUGUCGGAGGAUCAGAAAUUGAGAUCGAAAGUCAAAGAAACGAUUGUUCAGGCUGUGGACGGAAUGUUCCUGCUCGCGACAUUGCACAUGGACUCCCUGAGGGAUAAAGUCUCGAAGGGAGAUGUAAGGAGAGCCUUGACAAUACUUCCGACGGGUUCGAAUGCGUACUAUCAGGUCUAUCAUGAGUCUUCAGUCCGAAUCCAAAAUCAGACUGAUAAUCUCCUAGCCAGACGGGCGCUGAUGUGGACCGUCCGCACAAAGAGGCUUUUGACUAUUGAAGGGCUGCAGCAUGCUCUUGCCAUCACUCGUGAAACUAAAAAAUUCGAUGAAGACAACAUGCCCGAGGUAGAUUUAAUCAUUGAAGUUUGCUCUGGGUUGGUCACAUUCGAUGAAAAGAGUAAGGUACUUCGCCUAGUGCAUUUCACUGCGCAGGAGUAUUUCCUACGAAAGUGGAAAGACUGGUUUGGGAAUGCACAUUCUGAAAUUGCUUGGGUAUGUGCAUCAUAUCUUUCGUUGGAUCUAUUCAGACCAGGGGAAGAUCAAGAGAUGCCAGAAAGUCAAUCGUCAUCUUUUUAUGACUAUGCCUCUUCAUAUUGGCAAUAUCACGCGAACCUUGGGCUCCCUGACGAUGUCUUCUCGCCGCAAUUGCCUGAAAAUCCAUUUAUUGUCUAG